CAUCUUCACACCCCGCUUUUUCGGUUUUUCGCUCCCACAUCCCACCUCAUCUUUCGUCCCCCCAGCGGUGCCGCCGGCGACGACUCCCCGCGGCGGCGGAGGGAAGUAUGCCCCCCACCGGUGACGCUCGGAGCCCGGCUAAGCGGCCCCGUGACUCGGACGACUCCGGCUCCGACGGCGACUCCGAUUCGGACUGCGACGGGGGCCUCGUCAGCGACUUGAGGGAGAUCGUGUGCCUGCUGCGGCUCAUCAAGGGCGGGGCCAACAAGGACGGCCAGAAGAUGUGCCAGCAGAUCAUCGCCAGUGUGGCAGUGGAUAUUCAGACUAUGCUAGAAGAAACCCAGCUGAAAUUUGAGAAGGAAAGGCAGAAUUUGCUGGAAGUGCUGUCGAACAGUUCCAAAGAGCAGUGCGAGAAUUCACUGGAUGAAGAAUACAGCAAGUUCCAAGAAACAUAUGAUAUGUUUUGUAGAGAAAAGGAUGCACACAUGCAGACUUUCAGAGACUUGUUCUCCGAAGUUGAAGUUGAGAAGAAGAAAUUGCUUGAGCAAUACGAACAUCAUAAGAAGAUGGAGACCACCAUGUUAUCAGAACUUGACAAAACGUUCUCUGAGAAGAUAACGCAUGCAGAACUAUCUGUCAGAAGGAUGAAGAAGGAUGACAAGUCUUUUAUCAUCUUUCGCAAGUCUAUUGGCUCAUUUCUUGAGUGUGGCUCCGAUGAUGAUUUUGACAUCGAUGACGAGUGAAGCCUCUACACCUACAAUAGACAGUCCAUGAAACGGAAUUUCUUCAUUACUUCUUGGCCUUUGCUUUUUUCUGUGCAGAUUUAUUAUAUUUUCUUCAUUACUUCUUGCCCGUUGUAUUAGCUUCUUCCAGAUGAGGAUGUUGAAUCAACCUGAUCGUUGAGAUUCAGGAAGCACAGAAUAAAGUGCAAUUCUGGAUCUGGUCUGGAGCUUAAUGUAAAUAUACAGAUGGGAAAUGCAAUUGUGUUAUUUUUUUCU